AGUUGCAUUCUUUAAUUGUGUCCCCUCGGAUCGAUUGAAAGUCAUGGCUGAUCAUGACCUGAUAAGAACUGUCCUGUACACCAUCAAUAAUCUUUUACAACAAGAGAAAUAUAAGGCAGCCUUGGCAGUGGUGAAAGGAUUCAGGAACGGUGCUGUAUAUGGAGCAAAGAUCAGAGCACCACAUGCCCUGGUAAUGACAUUUCUGUUUCGAAGUGGCAGUUUGAAAGACAAACUUCGGGCCAUUUUGAAAGCAACAUACACCCACUCUAGGAACCUGGCCUGCUUUGUGUUCACAUACAAAGGACUACAAGCCCUACAGCAGAAGAUCCAAGGAAAGAGUUUACAGUCCCAUUCCUUCCUCGCUGCCUGUGUUGGAGGAUGGUUGGUGUUCGGAGACAACAACAAUAUCAACAGUCAGAUCAACAUGUACCUGCUGUCCAGGAUCCUCUUCGCCUUGUCUCGACUAGCUGUCGAAAAAGGGUUCAUCCCUGCACCCAAAAAAGACCCUUUCCCACUUUUCGCCACACUGGUGUGGGGUAUUGUGUUGUGGUUGUUUGAGUAUUAUCCACACACCCUCCAACCUUCCCUUCAGUCCUCCAUGAAUUAUCUUUAUCAUGACAGCAACGUGUGGCACGACAUUUCAGACUUCCUUGUUUAUAAUAAACCAAGGACUGCUGGUUCUCAGAAAUGAAGCUCUCAGAUUUUGAUCUUUCUGAUUAAAUAAUUGUAUAAUUGUUUUAUAAUUAACAUUUUCUUUAUUUUUUUUUUUGCAUUUUAAAAUUGUAUCUUGAUAUGAACCUGUAACAUGACAUGUAAUUAAAAUGUUUUAAUUUAUUUAGCUAUGAUUAUGAAAUUUGAUCAUAUUUGCAAAGCACUACUUUGACUUAAAAUGCACAAUGCCUUGUAUUAUUUUGGUUU